CGUACGCAUAAUAAUCUUCUCUGAAUAUUCCACCAUGAAACUUGUUUUCAACGGAAACUUCAGCAAAGGAAAAGGUCCAAAAGUGGCGACUGACACAUUGUUUUGACAUUUCUUCGCUUUCUUCCCGUAAAAACUGGUGCUGUAGCUCAGAAAAAACUCGGAAGACCAAAAAACAAAAACUACAAAAGAGCUGCAACAUGAGAAGAGUGUGUAUCUUACUCUCUUUGCUGCCUCUUCUCCUGUUCCAUGUCUCAGCAGCAACAACAACGACAGCUCAAGAUCUCACCAUUUCGAGUUUUUGUCAGAGCCAUUGUGGAGAAACAGCGAUUCCGUAUCCCUUUGGAAUCGGGAAGGGUUGCUAUCUCAGCGAGUGGUAUGAAAUCAUUUGCAACAACACCUCGGGAAAUCCCGUCCUGUUCCUUUCCAGGAUGAACAGAGAAGUGGUGAAUAUUUCUCUUCGGGGUGAUUUUUCCUACGAGUUUGGAUCGGUGCGAAUCAAAACUCCGAUAACUUCCUCGGGUUGUUCUGAUGGCGAAGAAUCUAGCUCGACUUUGAACGUAACAGGCAGUCCCUUCUUCCUCACAGGCCGUAACAGCCUCGUAGCCGUCGGUUGCAACAACAGGGCGGUGAUGACGAAUGUCGAGCCACAGAUCGGAGGGUGUGAGUCCAUUUGCCAUGAAGGGCUGGACUCGAAAGGACAAAACACGGGCUGCAAUGGUUACAGAUGUUGCCAAGCAAAAAUACCAACUGCUCGUCUUCAGCUAAUCGGUGUCAGAAUAGAGAGGGUCGAUGGUAACAUAACGGGAAAGACCUGCAGAGUUGCCUUCUUAACAGACGAGACAUAUUCCCCGUCGAACAUAACUCAGCCGGAACUGCUCUAUGCUAAGGGACAAGCGGUGGUAGAGUUAGGAUGGUUCGUCGAUAUGUCAGAUAAUCUGUCUGAAAACUCCUUCGAAGGUUGCUUAAACGUGACGGAAGCUGGAAGUUACAGUAGCGAAACGGGUUGCAUCUGUUUUUACGGUUACUAUUCCGAGCGUAGCUAUAGAAGCUGCAGAUGCAACAAUGGUUACAGAGGAAACCCAUAUCUUUCAAGCGAAUGCAGAGAUAUCGAUGAGUGCGAGGAAAAUACGGUAGAAGUACGCAAUUCAUGUCGGGGAAAGAGGUGUGUGAACCAUCAGGGAUACUACACGUGCGAGGGCAAGAAAACGUGGCCGAUCGUUCUAGGUUUCGGCGUACUGCUUUCAGCCAUUGGAGCCUGGUGGUUGUACAAGUUUAUCAGAAGGCAGAAGAAGAUGAACCGAGCGAAGGGUCUCUUCAACCGUAACGAGGGAUUACUGCUACAGCAGCGAUUAACCGCGACGGAAGGAAACGUCGAGGAUGUUGAAAUGGAUGGCAUGGACAACGACAAGCAAGGAAUCAGCAAAAUCUGACCAUUUGGCUAUUUCUUUGAUUGGAUUAUUUAUAACCGUUUGAAAUUUGGCGAAGAGGUUCUUCAUUCAUUGUUUUGACCUUCUUUGGCUUGAAAGUUGUAAGGUGCUCUCUGAGUAAUACAACAAUCUAAGAGAAUUCUCUCCAGAUUUUCUUUUAUAAGCUCUCCGUUGUGUUGCUUCCCAUGUAUUUUUCCUUUCAAAACUAUCAGAGAAAACGAAGAUAUUCAGCUCGAAAGAGUUGGAGAAAGCCACCGAAGACUUCAGCUCGGAAAGGGUUCUUGAACAAGGUUGUCUUGUCAAGGAACUGCCGGGAUAUGUAAAUCCCGAGUACUUCCAGUCGUGCCAGUUUACCGACAAGAGCAAUGACCUUUGGCAACUCAUAUCAUGCUAGCAAUGGAAGAGAAUAAACCCUUUGGCAUUAUAGACGCUCGGCUCCAAGAGGAUGGCGAGGUUGAAACAAGUAAUCGGGGUUGAAAGCCUCGGGAAGAGGUGCCUAAACCUGAACAGGAAGAAACAGACGAGCACGAGAGAAGCUUCGAUCGAGUUGGAGAGGAUUUGUUCAUCAUCCAAAAAACUCACAGAUUCUGCAAUAACUUGCUUACGACGAAAAGGGUUCACUCUC